AACAACUUUUCUCUCUUCACUUUUGCUCAAACAGAUCCCCAAAAUUCAACAUUAACAAUGGCGAUGCGAUCCACAAUUAUCUCACGAUCACCUCCUCUCCUUCAUUUGAUGCAGUCGUCCAAUUCACGAUUAUCACUUUGUUUCUUCAGCGAUCAAGGCCGCAUCCUCGAAGACGAAGAACGUGCCCGUGAGAAUCUCUACGUCAAGAAAAUGGAGAAAGAAAAGCUAGAGAAGCAGAAACAGAAGCUGGAAGCAAAAGAGAAAGCCGAUAAAGAGAAAGCUGAGAAGAAACAAUAAGAACGAAGGCGGUACUUGUAAGCUGAGAUGGAUCCUCCUUGAUCGGCUUCUGACCCUCUUUACCUCAAAGUAGAAUAAAUGCGAGCUUGAAAACGGGAUUUAUUACGGCCUGCAACACGACUCAUACGUGAUAGAUCAACGCCAAUGGCGUUUUCUGUAAUUUUUACUGUUCUUGCUUUUUGUUUUCCUGUUACUCCAUUUUCUUUUUUUCGUUGUACAACUUCUGAUUAACAAUCUUCAGAAGUUGAGUGCAUUGGAGAUUUCAUCACUUGACCCUGUUGAGAUUAUUAUUUUUAAAAACUACCCGGAAUGUGAUGAAAGCAUCGAUAUAAAAAAUGUUUAGUGUUGGCCG